AUGGCCUCUCCCGCCACGACCCCGCGGGACAAGCAGCCCUCGAGCCGCAUGAAGAUCGGCCCGGUGGUCCUCAGCGCGGACUCCAAGACGGCCAUAUGCGGCGUCAAGCUCACCAGGGGACUGGAGUACAAGCCGUGGAACGCGCAGCUCAACCUCGGCGCAUUCGUCGACCUCGGCGCCAACACCGUGUCCGGAUUCAGCCGGCUCGAGGUGGACGCCGGCAAGGUGGGCAAGGUGGUCGCCGACGUCGAGGGCGUCGAAGUUCAGAAGGACUGGCACCUCCCCUGGGAGUGGGCGGAGGGCAGGCUCGAGCUCUCCGCGGGCGUCGGCCUGCAGAGGGAGACCCGCGGCGGGCCGGACUUUAAGCCGAGGCCGUACGUCAACGUCGACUUUCGCCCAGCGGAGACGCCCUUUCGCGCCGCGAUGGUGUCGUGGUCCCUCGUCAAGGACCAGCCCAUCGAGAUGAGGCCCAAGUACGACGUCUCGCCGAACGUCUCCGUCGAGUUCCCGCUCACCCUGACCGGGCACGUGUUUGCCUCGAAAGACUCCGCCGGCCGAGUCGAGCGAACGCCCCGGGGGGGUUCCGUGAAGGAAGACGGCUGCCUCAAGCUCCACGCGCACGGCGCCGUCGUCUCGUACAAGUUCGGCGUGACGCAGGUGGACGAGCUCAGGUGGGACGUGUGGCGUCGGAACAUGAGUACCGCGGAGAAAGAGGCGGAGAAGAACAAGUCCAAGGAGCAGAGAGAGGCGGAGAAGGCGGCGAGGCGCGCGAAGGAGCGGGAGGAGAAGGCCAAGCGGGACGCCGCGAAGGCUCGGAAGGAGGCGGACGCCAAGGUUAAGAAGGCGAAGGAGGAGGCGGACGCGCGCGUGAAGAAGGAGAAGGAGGCCAAGGCGAAGCGGGCGAAGGAGCUUCCGUUGCCUGUCCCGACGAACGCGAGAGGCGGGAGUCGUCACACGCGCGCUCGCGCCAUGACGACUCGACGCCGGCCCGCGCCCUUCGCGCUCGCGACGUUCGCGCUCGGCGUGAUACUCCUCCACGCGCGCGCCGUCCUGGGCGACGACGACCAGUCGCCGCCUCCGUCGCCUCCUCCGAGGCGAAGGCGCGCGUCUUUUCCCCUGAGGGCCUCGCCGGGCGACGCCGCGGGCACGGUGUCGCUCGUUUGGACCCCCCCCGCGACGCCCCGCGUCCUCCCCGCCGACGACGCCGCGUCCGGCACGGAUCCCUCGGUCGUCCCACCCGGCCUCGCCGCGUUCAAGGCGGCCGCGCGCGACGCGUCCGCGGGCGCGCGGUUCGAUAUCUUCGCCGGCGCGUGCGUGGAGGGCGACCCGCGGCGCGACGGUUUCGACGCGCGCCUGCACGCCUACGCGCCCCCGAUCGCGCCGUGCGCCCCCGCGACGACGCUCGUGGCGGAGGCGUCGAACACCAACACCGCGGUGGUGGACGGGCUCACACCGGGCGCCACGUACGCGUUCAGAGUCGCGGUCCGCGCGAUCCGCGAGGAGGCGGAAGAAGGGAAAGGCGAAAAAGAAGAAGAAGAAGAAAAAGAAGAAGGAAAAGAAGAGGAGGCGUGGUCCGCUGCCGCCACCGCCACGGCGACCCCGGCGGCGGACGACGCGUCACCGACCCUCAGCGAUGAGAGCGCGUCCGUCCCGAACCUCGCGUUGAGCGACCCGGAGCUGGGUUUCUGCGCCGCCGCGGUUGGGUCGUUUCCCGCGGGCGCGAUACUCCUCGACGGAUCGGAGAUUUUCGCCGAGUCGGCAUCCGGAUGCUGUCUGGAGUGUUCCAGAACCCUCGGUUGCAACGCGUGGGCGCACUGCGGCGACGACGACGGCGACGACGACGACGACGACGCGACGUGCGCGGCCGCGGGCGUGCGCGGGCAGUGCUGGCUGAUGAACGUGCCCCCGUCCGAGGCGAACGACCGGAAGGACGACCGGAAGGACGACCGGGAGGAGGACGAAGACACAAACGCGACGCGUCCGCUCCAGAACCCGGGUUGGACGGGCGGCGUGAUAAACCCCGAACCCACGCGACCCCGCGCGCCCGCGUCGCUCGUCCUCAAUCUCGGCAAAAGCGACGACGGCGAUGAAAGCGAACCUUCGUGGUGCGCUUCGUGGGCGGACCCGCCCGCGCUUCCGUCCGUCGCCGCCGCAUCCUCCGCCGCGGCGACGUUUACCAUCGCCGUUACCGUCGCGGGACGCGAAUCGACGUACGACAUGGCGGGCACGUUACCCCCGCGGCUGUGCGCGUGCGAGGGGUGGGCGCCCCCCGACGAGGCGGACCCCGGUGAGUCACCGCCCGGUGAGUCACCGCCCGGUGACGCGUCGUCGUCGAACGCCGAGACGGACGAGGUUCGAUCGGUGAGGGUAUCCGUCGUCGCCGAGAACCCCGGCGGGUCGUCGGCGGCGACGGGCGCGUCCGUCGAUCUGAGCCCAUCGGACCUCGAGGCGUGGCGCGUCGCGUCAAAGAUUCCGUGCGACGACGACCGUUACGACGACCGUUACGACGUCGAGGAGCCGCCGCCCGGUCCUCCCAGAGACGUCCGCGCGCGCUGGGUCCAACCCGGCGGGUCCGACGACGACGACGGCGGAUCCUCCGCCGCCACCCUCGCCGUCGACUGGAGUCCGCCGCUGGAUGCCGCGGGCGAGGACGCGCUCGAGCCGAACGCCGUAGGGUACCAGGUGAUUUGGACGCAGUGGGACCCGCGGCUGUUCCCCGCGGUGGACCCGCCGAUGUCCGUGGUGCUCGCGGACGACGAACGCGUUCGACGCGCCGCGUCGUCGCCGUGUGGUUCCGGAAACGUCGAGAAGGACGGGUCCGGCUCGUCGUGUUUCUUCGCCGGUCUCGCCACCGGGCUGAGGCUGGACGGUCUGGACGGGUCCCUUGCGCUGGCGAUCGCCGUCCGCGCCGUCACCACCGGUGGCCCCGGUCCGCUCUCCCAGCCCGUCGUGACGUCCCCCGCGUCCCUGUCCCUCGAGGACCCGCCCGUCGAGGACGAGGAUCCGGCGGAGGAACCCGGUGAGUCACCGCCUGGUGAGUCACCGCCCGGUGACGCGUCAUCCGUCGACGGUGUCGUCCCUUCCGAGGCGGCGAGGCCCGUCGCCCCUGCGCUCGACGCCCCGUCGGUUCCCGACGUCGUGCGUUUACCCCUGUACGAGGCGAACAGGGUCGGCGGCGUGUACGAACAGAUGAACGAAAACUCGGGUGGGUACGGCCAGGGUUCGGGCACGGCGGCUUUCGACGCCGGCGGCGAUUUCGUCGAGGAGUCGACCACGGAGGAGGUCGUCGGCGGCGGGCUCGGCGGGCUCGGGUACGGGGCGUACGGCGGCGGGUUCGGGUACCCGUUCGCGGGACUCGGGCUAGGGGGCUUGGGUUUCGGCGGCUACCGGGACGGGUUCUACGGGGACGGAUUCUACGGCGGCGGCGGCGGCGGCAACGGCACCAGCGUGGUCGUCGGCGGGAGCACCAUCACCGUCAUCCUGAACGUCAACGACAACACGACGUCCACGGAGGACGCGACGACGACGCCGACGCCGGUCCCGUCCCCUACCCCAUCCCCUACCCCAUCCCCUACCCCAUCCCCGGUCCCGUCGCCUGUCCCUUCCCCGGUUCCUUCGCCAGUCCCUUCGCCGUCUCCUCUGGUCCCGGAACUGAGGAAGAGGGGCACCAAGGAAAACCCGCUCCCCGGCGAGGAAAAGACGGUCGCGCGCGUCAGGGUCGGGUCCGAACCAUCCGUUCCGGGCACCGAGCCCGCGGUAGUCAAGAUCGGCGACGCACGAAACGCGCCCGCGGCGGACAAAACCGACAAAACCUCCGCGACCUCCUCCGCGAAACCCCGCGCCCCGGGUUCAGACGUAAAGGUCGUUCCCCUGGACGCGAAGGCGCGCGAGUCCGCCACGCCGACGACGCCGACGACGACGCCGACGGUGAUUCCCCUCCCUCCCGACGCCGAACCCCGGAGGGAGGAGGCACCCGCCGUCGUGACGAUGACCGAACGGGAAAAGGCGGAAGCCGCCGCCGGGAAAAAAACGCGCGUUCGAGGCGCCACCGACGACGCCGAGACCAAACCCCGCGGCGAGACCAAACCCCGCGGCGAGACCAAACCCCGAUCGUCUCCCGAGAAGAAGAAGAAGCCCGCGCCGACAAGGUCAGACAAAGUUUCAGAGGCUCGCGCGCGAGCGAACCAACGAAGCUCGGGAGGCGGCGGAAGAAAAUCAGGCGAGCGCCAGGCCAGGCAGGUCUCGGCGCAGGCGCGCAAACCGUGA